UUCUUCUUCUUUUUUCUUCUACGUCCCAGCUAACACAUCCUAUCACACGCAACCUCCUCCGUUUCAACGUGAGCACAUGUCGUCUGAAAUCUUGCAACAGUUGUUUGAGGCCCUCAAAGUCGAAUUACUACUACAAGUCAAGCUUAUGCGUUGACACUGGUACUGAGCACUGACAGUGCAGUGUGUUUCUCCCCGAAAAGUAUCAGCCUGAACCCUCAAAUCCAGUGGUGCUAAUUUCGAUGCCAGUUGUUACCUAAAGAUUUCUAGUAAAAAGACAUUUCAGUGCUCUAGUCCUAUAAUGAUUUUUCAUCUUUUUUGAUAAAUGUAAGUCUUAUUGAGUCGUAACGUCGCAUCAAGGGGAUACAAGCAUAGCGAGUUCGUCUACGAUCAGUACCCGUCUGACACCAGUUAUCUCUGUUCCUUGCGAAAUGUGUGAGCCGUCAAUCAUGCAAAUAAACAGUACGCAAGGCACACAUGUGCAUUUCUUCUUCUUUCUCUUGGCACAAGUUUAAUGGCACUAUUCAAGUAGCUGGUGUCCCCGAACCGCACACACGAGCCCCUCGCCCUCCUGUACAUCAUGCGCAUUCUUCUCCGGCCCUGUCCCCUCGCAACCCAUGUCUUCGCGUCACCUCCUCUACCCCUAGUCGACCUAUAAAACUCCAGUCUCGUGCGUGUGCAGCUAACUGAAAGCGCCCUCUUAGAAGUCAGAGCUCGAUCACAAGCUAGCUAGCCAGGCGAGCGAUCGAACGAUCGGGCUAUAAUUCCGACUACGGCGACGACGAUGGCCGGCGCGGGCGUGACGACGACGGGGUCGCCGUGCGGGGCGUGCAAGUUCCUGCGGCGCCGGUGCGCGGCGGAGUGCGUGUUCGCGCCCUACUUCUGCGCCGAGGACGGCGCGUCGCAGUUCGCGGCCAUCCACAAGGUGUUCGGGGCCAGCAACGCGGCCAAGCUGCUGCAGCAGGUGGCCCCCGGCGACCGGAGCGAGGCGGCCGCCACAGUGACCUACGAGGCGCAGGCCCGGCUGCGCGACCCCGUCUACGGCUGCGUCGCCCACAUCUUCGCGCUGCAGCAGCAGGUUGUGGCGCUGCAGGCGCAGGUGGCGCACGCCAGGACGCAGGCGCAGCUGGGGGCGGCGACGGCGAUGCACCCGCUGCUCCAGCAGCAGCUGCAGCAGCAGGCGUGGCAGGUGGCCGCCGCCGCGGAUCAGCACGACCACCAGUCCAUGACGUCCACGCAGAGCAGCUCCGGCUGCUACAGCGGCGCCCACCAGCGCUCCGACGGCUCGUCGCUGCACGGCGCCGAGAUGUACUGCGGCUACGGCGAGCAGGAGGAAGGCAGCUACUAACCCCCAGAUGAUUGAUUCACUCGUUCCUCGUUCGUUCCCCUGAGAAACCUGAGACAUGUGCCACGAAAAGUUUCUCCUUUGCAACGCGCGUUCGCUUGAGUUGGUUCAACUCUUGCCGGUCUCGGCUGUAAAGGCAUCAAUCGGUCUUGUGUUGUUUGGGGCUCAAGACGAACCCAUAAUUUUUCCAACUUUGCAACUCGAUCGGGCCUCGAUUGUUACGUGUGAACUUGUUCGAAAUUCCUUUUGUUACAGCGAGUCUGUCUGAAUAACUGUAGAAGCUAAGAUGGUGUUCGGCGAAAUUUCAGCAUCCAGACAUGUUUUGCUUGA